UGUCUCAACUGCACUAGGUUUUCACAAGUCUACAGGACAUCAUAACAAUGCUCUUUUCCCUUCAACCAUAUUAUAUGUGGUGCAUCAUCAACCCUUAAAGUCUGAAAAAGGAAUACCUAUAAAUGAUAGUACCUUAUUGCUUGAAAACAUCUCUUUAGUAAAUCUUUUGAUAGGUGAUGUCUUAAUUACCUAUUCUUAGGUUUCACAUAAGGAAACAAAAAAUCUGGGUUCAAAGGCAAUAGUUGGAAAAAUAAUUGGCCUUAUAAGUAUAGAAAUGUGAUUCAAAACACAUCACUUCUACUUAUUAUUUGUGAUAUGGAGAAAUGUCUUUAAAAUUAUUUUAAAAUGUCUUCAAGAUUCUUUGAACUUUUAUGUUUUCAUCUGUUGAACUGAGGUAAUAACUGCACUGCAGAAUUAAAUGUUAAUGUGUAUAGACUAUCAAAACAUAGAGGGCUGCCAAAAUCUAUGUAUUGCUAUAUGGCUUCAGUAAGCAUGAAUUCACUCUUCUCUAGUAGGUACUGGGGGUGUUGGUUUCUGGGGCCACAGGCAAGACUCAUGGCAGCAAAGUAGAUCCUAAUAGGGAAAUCCAGGUUGGUUAGCCCAGAGAAUCUUGAAAGUCAUAGCUCUAGCAUAGGGGAAAGGCUUCACAUGGGCAGAUAGUUAUACAGUGGUCAAGGUUUUAGGUUGAUUUCUACUGCUUCUGUGCAAAAGAUUUCAUGUCCAGGUCCAUCCCAGACACAUGAAGAUUGUUGUAGUUUGCGUUGUAUGGCUUGGUCUUUACCCUGAAAGAUAGGCCUAGAUGAGGAUCUAUUCAAUAUUACCGAACAACCUAGGCUGGGUUUAGUUGGCUUGAUAAUUGUGAGAAUUAAGGCAGUGUGGGUGUCUGAAUCUAGCUUUGGUACAAGAGUGCCUGUGCUCUUAUACACUCUUGCGUGGCUUAUAUCUGUAGGUACAGGGAAGGGCCUGGGUUUAUCUGGAUUUCUAUAUCCCCUGACACGUGUUCAUGUGUUUGGGAUGGUGGAGAGUGAGCAAGGACAGUGGGAAGCAGGAAUAAAGAAGAAAGAAGAAAAGCUAUAUUACCUUAAAUAAUUUUUGGUGUUCUGAGAUACACCAGACCUCAAGGCCUCUUUUUCCUCUCCCAGCUCUGGCAUCUUUGAAAUUGGCUUCUCUAAUAGAGAGAACCUGAGGAAGAUCAGCAGUUUGAAAGCCAUGGCCUGGGUGCCAUUGACAUUCAGUGAUGUUGCCAUAGACUUUUCUCAGGAGGAGUGGGAAUGCCUAAAUUCCGAUCAGAGGGAUUUGUACAGAGAUGUGAUGUUGGAGAAUUAUACUAACUUGAUCUCACUGGACAUUGAUUUUACAACUGAAACCAACAAGUUAUCUUCAGGAGAAAGCAGUUAUGAAGUAAAUUCAUACCAUCGGGAGACAAUGAAAAGGAGUAAAACCUUCAACCUCAUGAGGUUUAUUUUCAGAAAUGACCCACAAUGCAGAAUUGAAUUUGGGAGAGAACAGGGGCCUAACAUAGGAUGUUAUAGUCAAAUGACACUUACAAAACAUAUAUCUCUUCCUCUACGUCAGAGAAUUCACACUAGUGAGAAAUCCUAUGAAUGUAAGGAAUGUAGGAAGGGCUUUAGAAAAUAUUCAUGCCUUACUGAACAUUUGAGAGACCAUAAUGGUGUGAGACCCUAUGAAUGUAAGGAAUGUGGAAAGGAUUUUAUAGUUCUCCAGCAUUUUAUUAGACAUAAAAAAAUUCACACUGAUUUGAAACCCUAUGAAUGUAAUGGAUGUGAGAAGGCCUUUAGGUUUUAUUCACAGCUUAUUCAACAUCAGAUCAUUCAUACUGGUGUAAAACCCUAUGAAUGUAGGCAAUGUGGGAAGUCUUUUAGACGUUAUUCUCACCUUACUGAACAUCAGAAAAUUCAUAUUGGUUUGAAACCCUAUAAAUGUAAGGAAUGUGGGGAAACUUUUAGAUUGUAUCGACAUAUGUGCCUACAUCAGAAAAUUCAUCAUGGUGUGAAACCCUAUAUAUGCAAGGAAUGUGGGAAGGCCUUUGGUCAUCGUUCAAGUCUUUAUCAACAUAAGAAAAUUCAUUCUGGUGAGAAACCAUAUAGAUGUAAACAAUGUGGAAAGGCCUUCGUUCGCAGCUAUCUACUUAUUGAACAUCAGAGAAGUCAUACUGGCGAGAAACCUCAUGAAUGUAAGGAAUGUGGAAAGGCCUUUAGUAGGGGCUCAAGCCUCCUUAAACAUAAGAGAAUUCAUAGUAGUGAGAAACUCUAUGAUUGUAAGGAAUGUGGGAAGGCCUUCUGCAGAGGCUCUCAACUUACACAACAUCAAAGAAUUCAUACUGGUGAGAAGCCACAUAAAUGCAAAGAAUGUGGGAAGACAUUUAAGCUUCAUUCAUACCUUAUUCAACAUCAGAUAAUUCAUACUGAUUUGAAACCAUAUGAAUGUAACCAAUGUGGGAAAGCCUUCAGUCGUGUUGGAGACCUUAAAACACAUCAGUCAAUUCAUGCAGGGGACAAACCCUUUGAAUGUAAGGAAUGUGGGAAAACCUUUAGACUUAAUUCUCAACUGGUUUAUCAUCAGACAAUUCAUACAGGUUUAAAACCAUAUAUAUGUAAAGAAUGUAAGAAGGCCUUUCGUUCUAUCUCAGGUCUUUCUCAACAUAAGAGAAUUCAUACUGGUGAAAAACCCUAUGAAUGUAAAGAAUGUGGCAAAGCCUUUAAUCGUAGUGAUCGACUUACUCAACAUCAGAGAAUUCAUACUGGUGUGAAACCACACAAAUGUAAGGAAUGUGGAAAGGCCUUUACUCGUUGCUAUCAACUUACUCAACAUCAAAGAUUUCAUAAUAGUGAGAAACUCUUGAUUUAAUAAUAAAAAAGCACUUAGCUUUGGCACAUCUUUUACCAUUAUCACUGUUCUACCACCUAAUGAUGUUAUGGUAAAGAUAAAAUUAUUUAAGAUAAAAUUUAAAUGCUUAGAGGGGCAUUUUGCACAUAAUAUUUGCUUAGUAAGUAUUGUGGUUUUUAAUGAUAAUCACUAUUUUUUAAAAUAUUUUAUUUAUUUAUUUAUUUAUUUAUUCAUGAGAGACACACACAGAGAGAGGCAGAGACACAGGCAGAGGGAGAAGCAGGCUCCAUGCAGGAAGCCCGACGCGGGACUCGAUCCCGGGUCUCCAGGAUCACGCCCUGGGCCGAAGGCAGGCACUAAACUGCUGAGCCACCCAGGGAUCCCUGAUAAUCACUAUUAAUACUAUACAUAAAUUCAUGUGGAAAGAAGACACUAUAAGCAUUUUUUUAAAAAUGUAUCAAGGUUCAUCCAUAUUUCCUUCAGAUAAUUCAUUCUGGACAAAAUUCCAUAGAAUAUAUUAAGACUUUUUUUAUUCAAAGCUCAACAUCCUGAAGACUAAUAAUAAGAAACCCUGUGCCUUUAUUGAAUAUUGAGAGUUCAGCUGUUGAAAAAUUGGAGAGUAGUUUGAAGAAACUUUCUUACAAUAAGUUCUACAAUACAGAUAACACAUAAUCCACAUGCCCUACAAUGGAAAGAAAUUAAAAAAGAACAAUUUGGCAGCCAAAGACCUAGGUUGACUUGGAAAAGUUUUUCUUCAAGUUUUUGAAAGUUUUCAAAUUUAUGUAAAAGGUACAAUAGUGUCACAGUGAAAUUUGUUUGCCUCCACCUAAAUUCAAUGUAUAUCUCUCGCAUAAAUAUGAACAUGUAUAUAUACAGAUGCACAUAUACCAUAUAUAAUUCUCAGUACAUAUUGUUUUUUUUUUCAAAGAUUCAUUUAUUUAUUCAUGACACACACAGAGAGACAGAGAUACAGGCAGAGGGAGAACCAGACACCUUGCAGGGAGUCUAAUGCGGGACUCAAUCCUGGAUCCCGGGAUCAUGACCUGAACUGAAGGCAGGCACCCCAACCGUUGAGCCACCCAGGUGUCCCUUCUUAUUACAUAUUGAGUAUAUUUACAUAUAUCAUUUUGCUGUGUUUUUUCAGUGAACGUUUUAGAUAUCACUUCACCUCUAAAAAGUCAACAUACAACUCUUAGAAUUAAGGAUAGGGCACCUGGGUGGCUCAGUGGUUGAGCAUCUGCCUUUGGGUCAGGUUGUGACCCCAGGGUCCUGGGAUCAGGUCCUGCAACAGGCUCCCUGCAGGGAGCCUGCUUCUCCCCCUGCCUAUAUCUCUGCCUUUCUCUCUGUGUCUCUCAUGAAUAAAUAAAUAAAAUCCUCUUUAAAAAUUAAGGAUAAAAAAAAUAAAAAUUAAGGAUAAUAUUCUAGAUGAUUAAACCAUUGUUACCUAAAAAGCACUAAUAAUAACCUUAUAUUGUUCUAUAAUAUUCAGCCCAUUUACAAAUUUCUCUGAUUGGUUAAACAAUGUAUUCUAGAAGUGCUGACUUUUUAAAACGCCAAAAACCAAACCAAGCCCAUAUAUUUUAUAUGACUAUGGCUUAUUGGGUCCAGUAAGAAUUGAUCAAGAAUUUACUCUCCACCUCCUUACAUUUUUUGAAGACUCAAAAGAAGUAACCUAUAUAAUUCCAUAUUUGUCCUGCUUUUUCUCAAAGUGGGCUUAACUUGUUCCUCUAUCCCUUGUAUUUAUUGUGAACUGAAGCUUAUGUCUAGAGGUUUGAUUAGGUUUCAGAUUAAACAUUUUUUACAAGACUGCUUCAUAGAUAAGUGUAUUUGAUAUAAAAUAUCAAAUACAAGUGAUACAAGUGAAACAUUGUUUGAUCUCUUCACUCAUAUAUUGACCACAAGUUCUCUCCAUUGUAUUGGUACAUUUUUUCUUUGCAAUUAGUAAUUCCUGUAAAGUCACAUUGGCACUCCAACUGAGAAAUUUAAACAGGCUAUUAUUUUAAAGAAAUUUUUUAAAAACC